AUGGGUCUGAAAAUCGGAGGCGAAGUGGAAAAGGUGGACGGAAAACUACUGAGUUACGCCGAUUUUGUUGAAAAGUACCUGGUUCAAAACCAACCCGUAAUCCUCACGGGGCUUAUGGACCAUUGGCGGGCCUGCAAAGACUGGGUUUUGGAUAAUGGCGACCCAAAUCUUCGUUUCCUCUCCACAUACUUCGGUAAUUCCAGAGUUCAGGUUGCGGAUUGUGGAAUGAGGGAAUUUACGGACCAGAAAAGGACGGAAAUGUCUGUUUCGGAGUUCAUUGAUCAAUGGGCUCAGCUUUCUGCUGCUAGGAAGGAUGGUGGGUCUGAUGGCAAUUCACUGUUGUAUUUGAAGGAUUGGCAUUUUGCUAAGGAGUAUCCAGAUUAUGUUGCCUACAGCCCUCCAAAGUUUUUCUGUGAUGAUUGGUUGAAUCUGUAUCUUGACAAGUACACAAUGCAUAAUGACCCUGACACUUGCCAAAAGAGAAAUGAAAUUAUGUGCUCUGACUAUCGUUUUGUGUACAUGGGAGCAAAAGGUACAUGGACACCACUUCAUGCUGAUGUUUUCAGGUCAUACAGUUGGUCAGCUAAUGUGUGUGGCAGGAAACAAUGGUAUUUUCUGCCUCCAAGUCAGUAUCACCUUGUGUUUGACAGGCAUAUGAAGUCUUCUGUGUACAACAUCUUUGAGGAAGUCUACAAAUCGAAUUUCACUGGUUUAGAGGAGGCUAUCUGGUGGGAAUGCACUCAGGAGAAAAACGAAAUAAUCUUCGUACCCAGUGGGUGGUAUCAUCAAGUUCAUAAUCUGGAAGAUACAGUAUCAAUAAAUCACAAUUGGUUCAAUGGCCACAAUAUUUCUUGGGUGUGGGAUUUGCUUUUGAGAGAGUAUCACGAGGCGAGGGAGUAUAUUGAAGACAUCAAGGACAUAUGUGAUGAUUUUGAGGGGCUCUGCCAGCGAAAUCUUGCAGCUAAUGCAGGAAUGAAUUUCUACGACUUCUUCGUUUUCAUGGUACGCUUUUCCUUUGCCAACUUGGUCCUACUCUGCAAUCUCACAAGUGAUACGGAAAAAUUAAGCUGGAGUUCAUCUCAAGUGGUUCCGCUUGUGAUUUUCAACCUUAAAUCUAUACAAUGUAUUGCUUUGAAGAUGGAAUCCACCGGCCAAUGGAAAAACUCUGGUGUUUCCAUUGAUCUCAGGGAAACCAUGGAGGAUCAAACAUUUAUGGAAUUCUGCAAUCUUAUGGCAAGAACAUAUGGUGCUAUAUAUGAGCAGUCUGAGAAGAAAUCUGAUGCAGACAAAGCCGUAUUGGAAGAUAUGGAACUAAGUUUCCUUGAUUUUUCUGGUUCUCGUAUCUGUACACCUGAAGAUCUAGUUACAUUUAUAGACUGUGCUCUCAAACUCAGUUGA